ACAGUUGAUUAUUUAAUUUAAUUAAACUGAUAAAAAUAACGAAUCAGAAUUGUUCUUUAAUUAAUUAUGAUUAAUCAGUCUAUUCUCACAAGUCUUAUUUGAUUGCAUAAUAAAUAAGAAAACAUUUUCUUCAACAUUGCUGAAAGUCUUUGAACAUAAACUUUGCUUGUUAAGCCCUGAUUGUUGAAUUGGAAAAAAAACGCGAGAAGUAAAAAAUGGCUGACGAAGGUGGGCGAAGAACGAGAUCAACACGAUCAAAACCUCUACAGGAAACACCAGCUACUCCUCGAGCUUCUCGCAGAACAAGAAAAAACAUCGAAGAAGAGGAACAACAUAAUGACGAGAUGGUGAUUGAGAGUAAACUCGAUAAUUCUGCUGAAGAUAUUCAGGAAACACCAAUGGAAACAAAUGAAAUUGAUGGAGAAGACUUUUAUCAACAACAUUCUGAAAUGCCUCAAACGAAUGACGACAAUGGAAGUUCUAACUAUUGUUACGAUGACAAUUUAACUUACGAACAGCAGUCAAAUGAAAAAGAGGAAACUAAUCAAACUGAUGAAACAACUGAACAAGAGACAUUUAUUGCUGAUUUAGCAGAUUUAGAAAAUGCUAACAGUUUUCCAUCUGGAAUCGAUGAGAACUCAAUGAAUAAAGCUCAGCUCGAGAGUGACAGCAAUCAAAUGAAGGAAUUCAUUGAAGAUGAAAUGAACGAUAGAUCGAAUGACAAAUCGUUGUGUGAAGACACAUUUGCUCAAAGUGAAGAAACCAAACCCGGAGAUCAUGCAACUGAUUUGGACGCCGAAAAUAUUUCUGAAGACGAAUUACCAGGACCAACGAAAGCAAAAGUUGAAGAUGCUGAAGAAGUAUCCGAUGAAGAACUGCCUGGACCGAAAACAGCAGAAAAUUUGAAUAUUUAUAACGAAAAUAUUUCCGAAGAUGAACUACCAGGACCUGAAAAAGCAAAGGUUGAAGAUGCUGAAGAAGUGUCUGACGAAGAAUUACCUGGACCUAAAAUGGCGGAAUUACCAGCUGACACUGAAGUUGUUUCUGAAGAUGAACUUCCAGUUCUAAAGCGAGAUAUUAAACGAAAGCAUGAAGAUUAUGAUCCAAAUGAACCCACUGAUGAAGCAGAGGAAAAGAAAGUUAAAACCAAUGUUGAUGAAAAGCCAAAAUACAAACUCCCAGACUUGGAGAAAUACUGGAAAGCAGUAAAAGCUGAUCGUGAAGAUUUCAAUGCAUGGACAUAUUUACUUCAAUAUGUCGAUUCAGAAAAUGACCCAGAAGCAGCAAGAGAAGCUUAUGAUAGCUUUUUAUCACGUUAUUGCUAUUGUUAUGGUUAUUGGCGUAAAUAUGCAGACUAUGAGAAGAAGAAAGGAAGUCCGGAAAAGUGUGAAGAGGUUUUUGAGCGUGGACUUAAAGCGAUUCCAUUGAGUAUUGAUUUAUGGAUUCAUUACUUGACACAUGUAAAGCAAAAACAUGAAGGCGAUCGUGACUUUAUCAGAUCUCAAUUUGAAAGGGCUUUGAAUGCAUGCGGCUUGGAGUUUCGAUCAGAUAAGCUUUGGGACGGUUACAUCAAAUGGGAAGGCGAAGAAAAAAACUUUCACAACAUUAUGAACAUUUACGAUCGUUUAUUAUCAACACCAACUCAAGGAUAUAAAACUCAUUGGGAUAAUUUCCGUGAAUUGGUGAAUAACAACAAUCCAGUUCAUAAGUUGGUGUCAGUUGAGGAAUUCAAGAUUUUGCGUGACGAAGUUCGUAAGGAGUUAGGUGAGGCAAAUGUUGGAGACAUCGAUGAUUUAGCACCAGGAGAAGAUGAACCAAAUGACCAUGUUCGGAGUGAAGAAGAAGCUGACGCUAUUCGCAAGUUAAUCAUAAAUAAACGAAAGAAAAUUAACAAGGCAACAGUUGAAAUGAUCAAUAAGCGAUGGACAUUUGAAGAAGGCAUCAAACGACCAUAUUUUCAUGUCAAACAAUUGGAAAGAAUUCAAUUGAAGAAUUGGAAAGAAUAUCUUGAUUUUGAGAUCGAACAAGGUGAUGAAAAGCGCAUUUUGGUGUUAUUUGAACGUUGUUUGAUUGCUUGUGCACUUUACGAAGAAUUUUGGUUGAAAUUAAUUCGUUAUCUUGAAACCCAAGGAGACAGUUCCAAGAUUGAAGCACAAAAACGCGAUGUUUUUGUUCGUGCUUGUACGAUACAUCAUCCUGAUAAACCAAGUUUGUUGAUGAUGUGGGCUGCUUUUGAGGAAUCCCAUUCAAAUAUUAAGAAAGCAUCUGAAAUUUUAGAGAAUUUAGAUAAAAUACAUCCAAAUCUUCUUCAAGUUGCUUAUUUCCGUAUCAAUCUUGAAAGACGUCAUGGAAAUUUGAAGAAAUCAACGCAACUCUAUGAACAUUACAUUAUAAUGUCGAAGAAUAAAAAUAUUACAGCAUCGCUUGUCAUCAAAUAUGCAAGAUUUUUAAAUAAAAUUUUGAAUGAUUAUGAUGAAGCUAUGAAAUGUUUGAAAGGUGCUCUUGACAAAGAUCCAUUGAACACAAGAAUUGCAUUACAAAUCAUUGAUCUCGCUUUGCAAAGAAAUAAUGUUGAUGAAAAAGAAAUUUUGGGCAUUCUUGAUGAUUUCAUGAAGCAAGAAAGUUUAGAACUUGAUCAGAAAUUGCUUUUCGCUCAAAGGAAAGUUGAAUUUUUGGAAGAUUUUGGUAGCUCUGUCAUUGCUUUGCAGGAUGCUCAAAAGUCUCUUCAAGUUAUUCUCGAAAAAACCAAAGAGAGUAAAAAGAAAUCGAGUGAUCACGAAUCAAAUGUCGUUAAGAAGUCGAAGGAGACACCUUCAUCUAACAAUGGAAAUCCAUAUUCAAGCACUCCUUACAAUUACAGUUCAAGCUCAGGACAUUACAGUAGCUCAAGCUAUCCAAAUUAUGCUAGUAGUGGACAGUACGAUUGGAAUCAACAGAGUUAUUACCAACAAGGCGCGUAUGGUUACGCUCCACACUUAGGACAUCUCUAUAGUUCGGUUAUUGCCGACACAAUUAAUCGCUUUGAAAAAUUAACAUCAACAAACAAUCUCAACAUUUUUAGCACAGGCACAGAUGAACAUGGAAUGAAAGUGCUUCAAGCUGCAUCAAAAAAAGGCAUUCCCAUUGAUGAAUAUUGCAAAAAUAUUUCUGAAGAUUAUAAGAAACUUUUUCAAGCCAGUCAAGUUGAAUUUACUGAUUUUAUAAGAACAACUGAAGAGAGACAUAAGCAAGCAGUGUGGAAAUUUUGGAAUGUCUUAAGCUCACAGAAUGCUAUUUAUAAGGACACUUACUCAGGAUGGUAUUGUGUACAAGAUGAAACAUUUCUCACCGAAUCGCAGUUAGAAUUGAAGAACAGUGUUAAAGUUUCAUUAGAAUCGGGGCAUCCAGUGGAAUGGACUGAAGAGGAGAAUUAUAUGUUCAAGCUUAGUGAUUAUCAAGAUGAUGUUAUUUAUUGGGCAAAACAAGGAAACCACAUUGAUCCUCCAGUUUUCAAUAAAAUUCUCUUAGACAUGCUUCAAGAAGAAUUACCAGAUAUAUCAAUUUCAAGGCCAAGCAGUCGCAUGUCAUGGGGCAUCACAGUACCAAAUGAUCCUUCGCAGAAAAUUUACGUUUGGCUUGAUGCCCUUACAAAUUAUCUCACAGUUGCUGGAUAUCCCAACGAACUCAAAGUUUGGCCACCGAAUAUUCACGUUAUUGGCAAAGACAUUCUGAAAUUUCAUGGAAUAUAUUGGCCUGCAUUUCUGAUUGCAGCUGGUCUUGAACCGCCAAAGAAAUUGUUGGUUCACUCUCAUUGGACUGUUGAUGGUCAAAAGAUGUCGAAAAGUAAGCAAAAUGUUGUUAAUCCAACGGAACGUUCUGAGAUUUAUACAAUGGAAGGGAUUCGAUAUUUUCUUCUGAGGGAAGGUGUUCCAUAUAAUGAUGGAAAUUACAGCGACACAAAAGUUGUUAGAACAUUAAAUUCUGAGCUUGCUGACACGUUUGGAAAUCUUUUAUCAAGAGCUUGUGCAAAGAGUUUAAAUCCUCAGCAAAUAUUUCCUCAAAUUCAUAAUGACCAACUGAAUGAUAUUGUCAAGAUGGAUUCAUGUAAAAUUCUCAUUGAAAAGAUUGCAGAAUUACCUGAAAAAUGUCUGGAGAACUUCAUUUGUUUCAACUUUCAUUACAUUGUCGAUUCGGUCAUGACAACUUUACACUCUGCUAACAAUUUCUUUGAAUCUUCCAAACCUUGGGAGUUUAAAAAUGGAAGUGCAAAUGAUAAAAGAAAAUUAGAAACAAUAAUUAGCCUAACAAUGGAGUCUUUGAGAAUUUGUGGAAUUGUUCUUCAACCGAUCAUCCCAAAUUUCACUGAAAGACUUUUAAAACGUCUCAACAUCCCCCAAGAACAAAGAUUAUGGAGAGACACAAAACUUUACCUAAGAAAAGUUUCCCAUCCAUUAGUCGACUUAGAUUCAAACAUUCUCUUCAAAAGAAUUAUUCUUGAAAGUGAGAAGAAAGAAAAACAAGGAAAUAAAUAAAAAAGCUUCGAUUAGU